AUGGGCCCCAAUUCGACCCGAAUGCUGGCCCUUGCUAUUUUGCAGUCGGCACGCCGAUCGACGCAGGCGCGGGUCUUAUCGACGCCUGGCGCAAUAAAUUCUCUUUCACUCUUAAUUGUUCCUUCCAAGAUGAAUGUUGAGCCGUUUCCCACCCCGUCGUCGCCAGAACGACUCACCGUGUCUCCCACGACGUCGCACGCCACCAAGGACCACCGUCGCAGGCGGUCGUCGUCGUUGAUCUCCAAAGUCGAGCCGGAGACGUUUGAUACAAAACAAGACCAGGACAUCCAGUCCAACAUGAACGCCAACUGGGUCCAUUUUAAAGGCGCUUGGAUCAUCCAUAUCGUGAUAAUAAUACUGCUUAAGGUGUUCUACGACCUCAUUCCGAUGUUCAACAACGAAUGGAGUUGGACUCUGACCAACGUCACCUAUGUUAUUGGUUCGUAUAUCAUGUUCCAUCAGAUUAAGGGAACGCCGUUCGACUUCAACAACGGAGCGUACGAUAACCUCACCAUGUGGGAACAGAUCGAUAAUGGCGACCAGUAUACUCCUGUUAAGAAAUUCCUCAUGGGUGUGCCUGUGGCCUUGUUUUUAAUCUCCACUCACUACUCCAAUUACGAUAUCAAUCUGUUUGUGGUCAACCUGGUGGCUUGUUUGUGUGUUGUGAUCCCAAAGUUGCCGUACAGUCACAGAGUUAGAAUCAACAUUCCCUACAUAACCGACCAGAAUUGA